CGGCGCAUACCAUUUCGCCAGGCGCGUCUUGCCCCUAUCAAUUCAUCGCAUUAGCGCUCAAGUACAACAAUCAAGUCAGGGCUCAGGGGCAUCACACUUACUGGCGAUUCUGUACCAAGAUAAAAGAGAGAACCAUCCCGCCCACAAUGUUAUGCUGCGGAUUAAGCUGCUAUAGAUUAAAAGAGCGUAAAUCGACUCUCGUUAAUUGCGCAGCCUGGAUUUCGAUGCUAUCGGGGUGUUCUCCGCGGUACCCCGUGAAGCUCAUGGCCGAGACUCGGUUUUGUCGGUUUUCACCGCCUUUAUGUCAUUGUUUUUUGGCGAUCUUUAAGUGUUGCUGGGCCAUAUGGAUGGAUUUAGUUGUGAAGUGGGUUUAUAUAGACGGAUUGUUACUUUUACUAUUUAGAAAACUGCCUGGCUAUGCUAUGGUUGUGAAAGUUACUAAGUUUGCGCUCAAAUGCCAUGAUACAGAGACGUUGGAUGCUUUUUUCGGAUAAGAUAUUUUUGGCUUUGAUAUUAGAUUGAAAGACUAGAAAACGAAAAAAAAGUGACCAGGGUAGAACAAAGGAAUUUGUAACAUAGUGGAUCCGUAUCAGCAUGACAUUUUGACUUCUCAUGGAGUAGAAUUGCUAUUUUUCUUGAACAGCCUCGUGAUUUUG